CACUACAAUUUUAAAUUUAAAGUUUUUUCAAACUUUAAAAUUAAUAAUCUAAUCUAGUUCAGUUUAGUUAGUGUUAAACCAUCAUUCGAUCAAGACCUAUUGCUUAUUAAAAAGUUCUUUAUUUUUACAAAAAAUGAAUUUUCAAAAUUUUAGCAACAAUUUUUGUUCACUAGUUUCUUUAGUACGAAAUAAUGCAUAUCCUAUGUUGUAUGAAUAUACAACAUUUUCUUCAAGAUUGAAAACAUUCAACUUAUUCCCGUUAACUUCGUCUCAAGAUAAAUACUCAUUAGCUGAAAGCGAUUUUAAAUAUUCAGGGAAAAAAGAUAUUGUCGAAUGUUUUUGCUGUGGACUCAUCUUACAUAAUUGGGAAAAAGAUGAUAUUCCAUGGAUUGAACACAUAAGAUGGAAUCCAAAGUGUAUAAUACGUAUUAUUAUCAAAAGGAAAUCAGUUUGUUGA